AUGAACGGCUACCCGCGCAAUGCCUCAGGGACCCCCAGUAUGAGCAACGGCUCGCGUCUGAACACUCCACACAACAUCCAACAAAGGCCGCAUUCGCCAGGCACGCCGUCGACCGCAGGUAUGAGUCGGGCGGAGCGCUUCGAAGAUGAGAAGCGCCGCAUCAUCGAGUCGUGUUUCUCCAAGCUCGACCAGGGCGGCCAGCUGGCAGAGAGCUACAUCACCCAUAUCCGCAUCAUGGAGGACGCCGCCCACCCUUCCGCGCCGCCGCCGCCAGACAGCUCCGAUGCCACCAAGAAGCCUCGUCUCAUCAUCAUCGCGGUUAGAAACUCGGGGAGAGUGAGGAUGCACAAGGCACGGGAAAACAACAACGGCAGCUUCAGCAUUGGCAAGACAUGGAACAUGGAGGAGCUGUCAGCUAUCGAGGUCUUCUCUCCGACUGCUGCUCCGCCUCAGUCUGAGAAAGAGCGCCAACAUCGAGAGUGGGCGGGUACUGUGGGCUUCAUAGUUACGAUAACGAAGCCUUACUACUGGCAAGCUGGGACGAGCAAGGAGAAGGACUUCUUCAUUGCCAGUGCAGUCAAAAUCUAUCGCAAAUACACAAAGGGUCUAGUGCCUGAGCUGAAAGGGUUUGAUGAUAGGGAGAGGGCCAUGAUACUGGGCAACGUGCCAGGCCAGACGCAGCCACCCUCUGCGUUUCAAACAGCGCCUCCUGGUGCCCGUCAACCUAGCCAUUCUCCAGUACCGGCACCCCCGCAGCCCCCGUUCGCGCAGAGGCCGCAGAGCAGAGAAGAUAGUCGCUACAGGCAGAGUCCAGGACCACCUCCUAGCAUGAGCGAUGUCCGUCCUGGCAGCGGACCCAGCAGUCGGCGACCUUCUGAAUCACCAGCCAGGUUCAACAAUUCACAAACCCCUAAUGCAUUGCUACCUGGAGGUCCAAGAGCAGCGGCCAGUACCGAACAGAUGCGCUCGAGGAGUGGCGACGAGCGGGACCUACAUCAUCCUCAACCUCGCCCGGGUACUUCUCCAGGUCCUCCUGGGAUGCGCUCUGGCUCAUUUCAAUCCAACCAACGUGCUGGCGCACCUCCUCCUCUUUUGCCAAACCGGAAUGGUAGCCCUGCCAUGUCGCCGAGUGGACACCCCUCUGCACUCCGGCCGCAAAGUCCCCCAAAGCAAAGGGAGAUGCAACCCAUCGAUGGCACUUCGGAAGAGAGGAAGAUCAGUACUGCGUCGUCGAAUGGUACCAAGGACGGUGCGAACCUCUUUGCGGCUGCGCGACAACGAUUCAUGGACUAUCAGCCUCAUCGAACUCCUUCACCGCCGCCGCAGACUCAAUUACCUCCCUUGGAUACCGAAAGCUUGCCGAAAGUCUCGCAGAAUGGACAUAUCAAGACUCCUGUCGACGUGGGUCCCGACACUGCGAAAAGUGAUUCGUCUGCUGGCAUUGACCUGAACGAUGCUGCGGCAGUGGGCGCCUUGACGUCUUACUGGGGACCUGAGCCAACUGCUGCCACAAGCGCGUCCGAAGAGCCUUCAAGUCCAUCCACUCCGCAGCGCUCAAGGCAUCGUCCGCAGGUAGAGUCCAAACCUUCAAAGAGUAGUAUCGAUCUCCGGCCUGCUCCACUGAAUGCGACAAAGGCAACACCAGAACCUCAGGCUGAGCGUGCUGUGCCGCGAGAGGUCGAAGAGCCGGCUCCGUUGCAAGUACAAAACAAGUCAGAAACACAGCUGCCAAUGCCCGGCGCCUUCUCGCCUGCUUUGCUGAGGCCGUCUGCGGACUCUAGCCCGGCUGAAACGCCUGAUGAAGAAAAGGAAGAAGAUGAGCAGUAUCGUCCUGGGCUGGGGCCAAUGUUCAAGAAGAGGGCCAUCGCAGAUCGUUUCAAGAAGGCAGCGCACACCGCGAACGCCUUCAAGCCACGACCAGGAGGAGCGGCCGAGAAGAUCCUGCAAGCGAAGGCCCAGCGCGAUGGAGAACCAGACGGGAUCACAGGCGUUGUUCCCAGACCGGCGCGUCAGGGAUUGAAGCAGGAAGAACCGCCUCUCACACCUGUAGAAGAUCUUUCCGUCAAAGAAUUUGCGAGGGAAGAGCCACCUGCGCUCAAAGUCAGCUCGCCCCAAACACCCAAGCAAGAGAUCCCUCCACCUGCAGAACCAGCAUCGAUACCGGAACCAGAGGAAACAAUGGCAGACGAGGAGCCAGAAGAGAUACAGAUGCCACAGCCGCAGGUCAAGGUCAAACGACGAAGUGCUCAGCAAGAGAGGUACCUGUCGUCUCUCGGCAUCGAUCGGUCCUUGCUCGAAGGCAAAGGCUUGGACUUCGAAAACGUAAUUUCCGAAUUCGGAUGGCAGAACGAGAUCCUCCAGCCUAAGAGCCUGGCCGCAAUGGAGCGAGACAUUCGACGAGAGCACGGAAGAUUGGAGGCCGGCUCCUGGCUCUCCCACGCAGAUUCAGCACGCGAGGAGAGAGUGUCGCAAGUCGAAAGUCUUCUUGACGCUGCCAUCGAAGAGUGUAAUAAGCUCGACGGGAUGCUGCAGGUCUAUAGUCUUCAUCUCGGCACACUGAACGAUGACAUCGCGUAUGUCGAAGCACAAUCCCAAGGUCUGCAGGUUCAAUCCGCCAACCAGAAGCUCCUGCAAACCGAGCUACAAUCUCUCAUUGAGACGGUGUCUCUUGAUCGCAGUGUAAUGGAGCCGAUUCGAUAUGGCGACCUUGCUGAUCCACGGAGCCUCGAGGAUGUAGAGACAAGUCUGAUGCGUCUAUACCAAGCAAUGCUUACCAUGGAUCCAUCUAUAAGCAAAGCUGCUUCAUCCCGACCCAAGUCACGCGGCGGCUAUGGCGACAGCGAGACCGCGAACAUCGCAGCCCUCAGGGACAAGAAGAUUAAGUACGACCAGGAGGUCGGCGAGUUCUGCGAGCGGCUGUUGCAGUUCUUGGAGGCCAAGUUUGGAGCGUCGAUGAACUCGGCCAAAACGCGUGUCCUGCGUGUGCCUAACAAAGGUGGACUGGCUAGACUCCACGGCGAAGCGUUUACCGAAGUCAGGAAUGGCUUGUGGAUGUACAGUCCUCUCAUCCUGUUCAUGAAAGAGGUCAACCUGCCCGCCUGGCAAACAAGCUUGCGAACGUACUACACACAGGCGGGUCUACUCUACGGAGAACCUUUCAAAGAGAAUCUUGCCAACUGGAGGCGAACAGCUCGAGCGAGCACCGGCGACGAGACGGAGAUCUUGUUCACGACUCAAGAGAAAGAAGACCCAUCUGGCAACUCUGCCAUCAGUACCGCCCGCAAAUUGACAGUCAAGCGCUCGCAGACUCUUGCCAAGACACUUCGCAAUGCUAGCGGCGGCGAGAAGCAUCAAGCAACAGAACACAAGCAGCCUGGUGCGAUGAUGCGAGCGCAAGCAUUCGCUGGUGCAGUCAACGAAAUGGCGCCUCUGAUCAGCCGGGAGCAAAACUUCCUCGUCGAUCUGUUCCACGCCCACUCACUUGACAAUGAAGAGCUCAUGGAGUUGGUACAAGCAGCACCUCCUGCAGCCCGCAAAGCUGUCAGCCUUUCAGAGAAGAAGCCGACAGACCCCGACCGUAAGAUGGCUGGGCUUGUCAACGCUACCAUGGGAGAGAUCUUCAAUUUCUUCGCCAGAGAGCUUGAUACAUUGGUGAAUUGGAGCACCUCUGACGACCCAGUCCAAGGAGUCGGUGUCCUGGCAUGUCUCGGUCGGCACGCGUUCUUCUUGCAAGACAGCAGUCAAGAAUACCUCCUACAGAUCGUUAAAGACCUUUCCGACAAGCUGCAGCACCGAUUCAGCAGGUUUGUUGACGAGCAAGUGCGAGCCAUCGAAGACACAAAGGUUAAGAUCAAGAAGCGAAAGGGUGUCAUCGCAUUCAUGAAAAUCUUCCCACAUUUCUCUGCUGCAGUGGAGAAUGUGUUUGCAUCGGUCGCUACGAACGACUACGAUCAGAUGGCUGAGUGUAUCAUGGAAGUACGAACGAUGGUGGACGACGCAUACGAACGGAUCAACCGAGCAAUGUUUGAUAGUCUCAAAGUUAUCGCGAAGGAGAGUCCCGUCGCUGGCGUGCCUGCAAACAAGCAGGGCCAUACUGGAGACGAUCCAGAGGAUAAGGAGAUGCUCAACUAUCACAUCUUGCUGAUCGAGAACAUGAACCACUACAUUGAGGAAGUCGACGAUGGAGGGAGACCGGGCGUGCUGGCUGAAUGGCGCGGAAGAGCACAGCUGGAACGAGCAGAGGCAUUGGAAGGAUAUGUUCAAAGGGUCAUUCGCCGGCCCUUGGGCAAGCUUCUCGACUUCCUCGAAUCUGCCGAGUCAAUCCUCGACACAAACCCCUCCAACCCAGGCGCCGUCUCCGCCCGUCCUUCGUACUCUCGCAAAGCUAUGCGCACCAUGCUGUCGCAACAUGACAGCAAGGAAAUCCGGCGCGGCAUUGACACGCUUCGCAAACGUAUCGACAAGCACUUUGGCGAGGCCGACGAGGAGGCUCUCUCCCGAGGACUGGUGAACUAUGUCUGCAAGGAGUGCGAGAGGGCGUAUGAGAGGGUUCUGGAGCGGACAGAGAAGCUGGUUAAGGAAGUGUACCCUCCGACUGAAGGCGAGAAGGAUGUCGUGAUUGACUUCUCGAGGAAUGAUGUUGCUGCUGGGUUUAGGAGGUAG